CAGUGGCUGUGUCAUCCCCGCCUCUUCUGUCCGGGGCCGCCGGGGACGGUGGCUGGGAGGGCACACAUACAAGCAGCGGCGGCGCCGACUUUUCCAUGGCGGCAGAGCGGUCGCGGGCGCGCCCCACCUGCCCCCUUCCCCCGGCAGCGGCCCUGGGGCCCCUUCCGGCCGGCAUGUGACGAGUCGCCGGUGCAGUGUAGUCCAUUUGAUUAGUGAAGUGGAAGGCAGCUGGCAUGAAGUAUCCUUAAGAUGUCAGAAAGAUGUUGGGAUGCUGCAGGUGUCCUAAUUCAACCACCCCAUAUAAAUUAAUGUUAACAUAGGUUUCUUCGUUGCGUCACCCUAUGUCCGAUAGCAGCAACUCUUCUGUUUUAUGAUCAGUGUAAUGGUUUGAACAGUUCAGUAGCUUACGAAAUGAGCCAAAGUCGUGGAAAAUAUGACUUCUACAUUGGUCUGGUAUUGGCUAUGAGCUCCAGCAUUUUCAUCGGAGGGAGUUUCAUCCUUAAAAAGAAAGGUCUCCUCCGGCUGGCCAAGAAGGGCUCCAUGAGAGCAGGUCAAGGUGGCCAUGCCUACCUUAAAGAGUGGCUGUGGUGGGCUGGACUUCUCUCUAUGGGAGCUGGCGAAGUAGCUAACUUUGCAGCUUAUGCAUUUGCACCAGCUACAUUAGUGACUCCAUUAGGAGCUCUUAGUGUUCUCGUAAGUGCCAUUCUUUCAUCUUACUUUUUAAAUGAAAAACUUAAUCUCCAUGGAAAGAUUGGGUGUUUGCUAAGUAUACUGGGAUCAACUGUGAUGGUGAUUCAUGCUCCGCAAGAAGAGGAGGUAGAAACUUUACAGGAAAUGUCCCAAAAACUUGGUGAUCCAGGUUUUGUGGUCUUUGCAACACUUGUCAUCAUUGUGUCCCUAAUAUUGAUAUUUGUGGUAGGACCUCGCCAUGGACAGACCAACAUUCUUGUGUACAUAACAAUCUGCUCUGUAAUUGGAGCAUUGUCUGUCUCCUGUGUAAAAGGCUUGGGCAUUGCCAUCAAGGAACUUUUUGCAGGAAAGCCAGUGCUGAAACAUCCCUUGUCCUGGAUUCUGCUGCUAGGCCUCAUAGUCUGUGUGAGCACACAGAUCAACUAUUUAAACAGGGCUCUGGAUAUAUUCAACACUUCCAUAGUGACUCCAAUAUAUUAUGUAUUCUUUACAACAUCUGUUCUAACUUGCUCUGCUAUCCUUUUUAAGGAGUGGCAACAUAUGGCUGCUGAUGACAUUAUUGGCACUUUCAGUGGCUUCCUCACUAUAAUUGUGGGGAUUUUUUUAUUGCAUGCCUUUAAAGAUGUCAGUUUUACUCUAGCAAAUCUGCCUGUCUCCUUACGGAAAGAUGAGAGAGCAGUUAAUGGCACUUUGCCAAACACUUAUGAACGCUUUAAUCAUGAUGAAGAAAGCUCAACCUGUGUAAGUGAAAUACAAUCCAGUGAAAAUGUGUCUUCCAGGAGAAAUGGAAAUGUAUCAGCAUUCUGAGAAUAGGUAAAUGUUAAUUAAGAAAAGAAAUUCUGUAACUGUUCUUUUUUCCUUUCCUUUUCUUUACCUGUGAAAUGUCUGAGUUUAAGAGCUUGUCUGGAAACAAGGUGUACUUUUUAACAGUAUAUAUAUAUAGACAAUCAUUUAAUUUUUAGGUUUAGUUAGUUUGGACCAAGAGUGGUGGAAUUUCUUUUUGCCUUAUUUUUAUUUUACAUAUAUUAAAAGGACCUCAGUCUCUUGUUCUUUGUUGCUUUUAACUUAUCGGUGUGAACUUGUAAAUAUUUUUCAUUUGAAUUUUCCAUUUUAAAGACUUAUUGCACUAAUGAUUAUUUUAACUAUAUCAAAAAUAAAUUGCUUUAUUUCUGCAUUGGUGGUAAA